CCCUCCCGACAUAAACUUGCACAAACAUAAACCAGAAAACGCACCGUACCAAGUUGUUUCCGAGUUGUUUCUUCGUUGUGCCGCGAAAGCAAAUGCAAAAGUUCCAAAUCCCAUUUCCAAUCUCAAGUCCUUUCAACUCUUCAACGGAUUCAAUCUGUUCUUCCUGUUUAGAUCCCAACUACAGCGCCAGCAGCACCACCGGAUAAUUCCUGCAAAAUUUCCCAAUUUUUGCAUUAUUCAUCGUCCAUUUUCCCCCUUAUUUUGUCCACUUUGAAAGUACUUGGUUCUUUUCAGUCUCAAAAAAAAAAAAAUCCUAUCUUUUUAUGGGGUUUUGAUAUAUUUCUGUCUUUCAAAUUCUGGGUAUUCCAGAUUUCACUGCAAAAACGGUUAUUCUGGUUUAUGAGCUUUUAGGGUUUUAUAAAAACCCUAACCUCCCAAAUGUUUUCUUUUGGUUUUCUAUAAAUGGGUUUUGAGUUUUUAGGGUUUGAAGUUUGUACAUUUCAUCAAUGGGUGCUUUAGCAAGUAAUCGGAAACGCGGUGGUGACGAAUAUUUCAAUUUCAAUUUCAAUCACAAAAACAAAGCCCUGUAUGCAAAUUCCCCAGAUUUUCAAUUUUCUAAAAAACCCAGAUUUUCUUUGAUGAAUCGAAGCCCAGAAAAAGCAAUUGUAUCCUCUAGCGACACCGUUUCGAGAAUCUCUCGUUACCCAGAAGCUAAGCUUCCUUUCCCUAGAGAAGUUCACGCCCCUGUUAGACACCAUAAAUUUGGGUUAUCAGUUUUAAUUCCUAAUCAGGAUUCAGUUAAAACUCAUAUGAUGGGGAAUGUUUUGAGUCGUAGAUUAAGUAACGCGAAAAGGCAAGCUUUUGAUGUUUUGAGGUACUUUAAGAAGGAAAAAGAAGUGAUUUUUGUGGAGGAUGAUGAUGAAAAAGAAAAAGAGGUGGUUUCAGAUUAUUUUAGUGUGGAAGAAGUUGAGGUUAUUGAAAAAGGGAAGAAUAAUGUGGAGGAGGAAGAGAAGAAUGUUCAGCCAUCGUCUUCAUCUGUGGUUACUGAGUUGAAUAAUGGGAGUUUGAGAGUGGAGAAUGCGUUGGAUAUGUUGUCAUUGAAUAAUGAGGUUGCUGAUGUGUCUACUUUAGAAGCUUAUAGGAAGUUGCUGGAGAGUGCAGAGAGGAGAACUCCCAAGUUGAAAGAUUUGGAUUUUCAAAUUGAGUUGAAUGAGAAGCGUAGAGCUGCACUUCAGGCAUUGCGACCGGAGCAGAAACCAGAGGAGGAGCAAGAAGAGGUGGUACCUCGUGAACCUUUUACCCCCCUUACAGAGGAGGAGAUGGCGGAGGUUUCACAUGCUUUUUCUACAAAAAACUGGAAGAAAAUAUUGGUCUCUCAUAAGAACUCAAGCAUUGAUAUUAGAGGAGAAGUUUUGCAAUGUCUGAAACCUGGGGCAUGGUUGAAUGAUGAGGUUAUUAAUCUCUAUCUUGAAUUACUCAAAGAAAGGGAAAAUAGAGAGCCAGAGAAGUUUCUCAAAUGCCAUUUCUUCAACACCUUCUUCUAUAAAAAGUUAGUAAGUCCGGAGAGUGGCUAUAAUUUUAGGGCUGUCAAGAGAUGGACUUCACAAAGGAAGUUGGGGUACUGCCUAUUUGACUGUGAUAAAAUAUUUGUCCCCAUACACAAAGACAUACAUUGGUGCUUGGCAGUUAUCAAUAACAAAGAUCAGAAGUUCCAGUAUCUUGAUUCACUAAAAGGAAGAGAUGCUAAAGUGCUGAGUUCACUGGCAAAAUACUUUGUUGAAGAAGUGAAGGACAAGACUGGAAAGGACAUAGAUGUAAGAUCUUGGGAACGAGAAUAUGUUGAAGACCUUCCUGCACAGGAGAAUGGGUUUGAUUGUGGCAUGUUUAUGUUAAAGUACAUUGACUUUUAUAGCAGAGGGUUAAGGCUUUGCUUUGACCAGGAACACAUGCCCUAUUUCCGAUUAAGGACCGCAAAAGAAAUUUUAAAAUUGAGAACAGAAUGAUUGAAAGUGUGAACACGCCGCAGCACCCAGAAACGAAUUUGCAAUUGAAACAUCUUUCGGGUAUUUUUAUUUUUAUUUUAUUUUUCUAUUUGUAUAGGUAUGCCUCCUUGUCUAGUUUGACUACUGAGAAGGCUUUUUACUAGGAAAUUGGAAUGGUGUGCAAGAGUUUGCUUUUUCUGAUCAGAAUAUUCAGGAUAAUGACUUGGCAAAAGUAUGAUCGAGUUACUUUUUAACUGUAAAUGCAAGCCAUGAGAAUGUAGGGCACAACUUUCUCAAAGAGUUUGUCUUGGAAGUAACAGGUUUUUGUUUAUA